AACCCCGUUCUCCAUGCUCAUUGCUUAGGCCUGUACUGGCUUACUCUUUCCAGGGGGAGAUAAUUAUUUGAGGUUCUAAAAUUUUUGGAGUUAUGUGCCCUAAACAGGAAGCAGGAAAUUCUAUCCUUGGGUGAGUAAACAGUCGUCUUUGCACUUUCUCCACCCUGCUCUGCCUCCCUGGGAACCCACACGAACAUUCUUUCGGAUUUGCAGAACAUUUGAUUGUUAUUAUUUCAAAGUAGAUCUACCAGAAGGACUGGGAGAACACUGUGCCCUACAGCAAAGAGACAAAAGGUGAGUAGGGAAUGAUAAAUAAUGUCAGUGGUUAUGAUUUAAAAUGAUGUUAAAAAUAGUAAUACUUGGAGAACACCACCCUAUAGCAAAGAGACGAAUGAAGAAGGAAAUUGACUGUAGUUAUCAUAAUAAUAGAGGAGAAAAUGAUUAAUAAAAGCAGGAAUACUCUUGAGGGUAUGCGAUGCCCUACAGCAGAGAUGAAAGGAGAAUGAAGAAAGAAAUAUAUUUACUGUA